AUGGCAAGCAAGCUCCCCAUGCGCAUGAAGCCCGUCAGCUUCGCAUGUGCGUCACGCAGAUCGUUGUCGUCCCUAGCUUCGACCAGCUCGGUCUGCAGACCAAACACACCUCUGGUCCAGAGGCAAUCUGCCUUUCGCCCUCGAGCAGUCCUCCCUCGCUCGUUUCGUCGUAGCUAUGCUGAAGAUGCAGCUCCUCAAGCACCCCAGGUCAUUCUCUCUCCCGCACCCACGCCCAAGAAGCGAUUCAGGUUCUUGCGCACCUUGUGGCGCGUCACAUAUAUCUCGCUCCUUGCAGGCGUAGGAUACACGGCCUACACUGUCUGGGAGCUCAACCAUCCUCCCGAGCAGCUCGACCCGGACCCGAAGAAGAAGACUCUGGUGAUAUUAGGAACCGGCUGGGGGUCGGUCUCUUUGCUCAAGAAUUUGGACACGGAAAACUACAAUGUCGUCGUUGUCUCUCCCCGAAAUUACUUCCUCUUCACGCCUCUUCUCCCGUCCUGCACCACUGGCACCAUUGAACAUCGCUCUAUCAUGGAACCGAUUCGAAACAUCCUUCGGCACAAAAAGGCCAAGGUGUCAUACUACGAAGCAGAGUGCACCAAGAUUGAUUACGCGAAGAAGAUUGUCUACGCCAAAGAUAACUCGGAAAUCAAGGGCGAUAACAUGGAAACCGAGAUUCCGUUUGACAUGCUCGUCGUGGGUGUCGGUGCCGAGAACGCCACCUUCGGUAUCCCUGGCGUGCGUGAGCAUGGUUGCUUCUUGAAAGAAGUCGGCGACGCUCAGAAGAUUCGCAAGCGGAUCAUGGACUGUGUCGAAACUGCUACUUUCAAAGACCAACCCGCUGAAGAAGUCAAGCGUCUCCUCCACAUGGUCGUCGUCGGCGGUGGCCCCACCGGCGUCGAAUUUGCCGGCGAAUUGCAGGACUUUUUCCAGGAAGAUUUGCUGAAAUGGGUCCCCCAGAUCAGGGAUGAUUUCCACGUCAGCCUCGUCGAAGCCCUCCCAAAUGUCCUACCUAUGUUCAGCAAGCAAUUGAUCGAGUACACCGAGUCUUCCUUCAAGGAGGAACAUAUUGAGAUCCGUACCAAGACCAUGGUCAAGAACGUCACCGACAAAUUCAUUGAGGCGGAAGUCCAGCAACCCGACGGUACAAAGAAAUUGGAGACCAUCCCGUACGGUCUGCUGGUCUGGGCUACAGGUAAUGCGCUGCGUCCUGUCGUGAAGGAUCUCAUGACGCAAAUUCCCGCGCAAGCCAAGGCUCGGCGAGGUCUUGAGGUCAAUGAGUAUCUUGUGGUCAACGGUACCGAGAACAUUUGGGGUGUGGGUGACUGCGCCGUUGCAAACUAUGCCCCAACCGCGCAGGUGGCUGCCCAAGAAGGUGCCUUCCUGGCUCGCCUGUUUAACACCAUGGCCAAAACAGAUGCCAUCGAGGACGAGCUCCGAGAUCUUUCCGCCAAGCAGGCUACUACUGCAGGAGACGAGCGCAACGCCAUCCUCGGCGAGAUCAGAGAACGCCAGAGACAGCUCCGCCGCAUCAAGCAGAUUGGCCCCUUCCAGUACUCGCACCAGGGGUCGCUGGCCUAUAUCGGGGCCGAAAAGGCUGUGGCCGAUGUCUCCUGGUUCAGCGGCAACAUCGCGUCUGGUGGCACACUGACCUAUCUGUUCUGGAAGAGCGCGUACUUGAGCAUGUGCUUCAGCGCACGAAACCGCAUCCUCGUCGCGUUCGACUGGACCAAGGCCAAGUUCUUUGGACGAGAUGUGUCGAGAGAAUGA